UUUUCUCAAAUAAUAAUCAAUCUCCCUCUCUCUCUCUCUCUCUAAGAAAUAAGCACAGAGAUCGAAGUCCACAGAAACCCGUUUAGGAUUCGGAUCCAAUCGACGACCCGCUAUCUGGGCGAUGGUCUGAUCUCUCUCUCUCUCUCUCAUCAUUGGCUUGUUUACAGAGAGAGAGAGAGAGCGAUGGGUUGUGCUGGAUCUUCACAGUCUAAUGGGGAAGAGACAGCCAAGAAAUUGCGGAAGCCCAAGGCCUGGAAGCAUACACAACCAAUAACUAAGACAGAGCUUAUACAGAUGCGUGAUGAGUUUUGGGAUACAGCUCCUCAUUAUGGUGGCCAGAAAGAGAUUUGGGAUGCACUCCGAGCUGCUGCAGAAGCUGAUCUGAGCCUCGCACAAGCAAUAGUGGACAGUGCGGGAGUCAUUAUUACAAGCACUGACUAGAAAAUAUUGUCUAGGAAUUGAGAGGGCAACACCUCGUAUAUCAGCACAGUCACUAUCAGUGUAAGCACCGGUGUAUCAAUGUAGUCACAGCUACAAUGAUAGACUGCACUGAUGAGCGUAUUUAAUUCACCGAUUAACAUUAAUGAUACAUGCAUCAAGAUUCGUGUGAUAUGCAAGGUGCUAAAUACGAAUUACCGAAGUACGUCUUGAGCGAGCCAACCAAUUUGAUUCGAGACAGCUGACCUCAAAGCCCUAAAGCAUUGGGGGGGAAAAACAUUGACGUAAAUAAUGUAAAUCAGUAAAUUACUUUCAUUUCCCCUUUUUUUAACCGUAAGUUAAGCUUUGGGUUUGGGUUUCUUCUGAUAGGGAACUUAAACUUUUCUAAAUUAUCAAAGUCUCACAUGUCACCAAUUGUUAUCAGUUAAUUUAUUUUUAAGUGAAGAAGCCCCUUGGAUCUAAUUUUUUUCUUUGUUUUCUUUCUUUGGAAGGUGAAAACGUGUAAUUUUACAAUUUGAUUUCUAUCCGUUUGACCCCAGUUAUUAUUGCUUUACAAUAUAAAGAUAGCAUUGUUUUUGUGAA